CCCUCGACCAUUUCCCUCGUCUUGUCCUAUUUUUCCAUACUCCGGCCCGAAUACAGAUCGCUAGAGAAUCUGGAGUUACCCCCGCGAACUGCCUCGUCGCUCGUGCGCUUUUUUAAGUUUUUUUCUCUAUUAACUACAAAUUUAAUCAUCACAAACGGUUCGCUGGCUUUACUGGUACACAACAUUCUGAAGGCAAUAUUCGGGAACCCUGCGGACCGUUGCGAGCGGGCAGAGACCUCCGAUGUGCCUGAUCUAGAGAGACGCGCGCGUCGACUCCAAGGUACAACCCGAGGCUUUGCGUCCCAUCUUCGAUUCAACAACCACGACGACUAGGUGUGGGGUCUAAAGGACACAGGAACAUUCAAGGGACCGACUGUUUUAGCCAGCAAGAGACUUUUUUUUGCACAACUUUUUCGUUGUUUUCAUCACACCAAAAAUAAAAAAAAACAGCCGAAAAUGACAACUGCUGUGAAGAGGGCGUGUGACGCCUGCCACCGUCGCAAAGUCAAAUGCGACGGCAUAAACCCGUGCAGAAACUGCUCGUCCGCCCAGCUCUCGUGUACCUACAAUGCGAUUCCACAGAAAAAGGGCCCCAAGGGCUCGCGGGCCAAGGUCAUCAGCGAACUUCGAGAAACCCAACGUCAGACAAGCCUGGCCACGAAAGUACACAAUCGCCUCAAUGGUGCCCCGAGUCCACCGGCAAGCCCGGCGCCUGCACCAUCUCGUGGUCUCUUGACCAAGGAGAUGGUCAGCGCGUGCAUCGAAUUCUACUUUGCCAACAUGUUCUCAAUCAUACCUAUCCUGAACCGACAGCAAGUUGAACACGACCUUAGUGUGUGGGAGACAGAUCCCGAGACGUACAGCCUCAUGACGUCCCUCUGCGCCUUCAUGAUGCUCCAGCCCGGCAUGUCAAUGCCAGGCGGCGACCCUUAUGGCCUGGAUGCGCAACCUGGAGCCAGUAUUGUUUCAGCUCGCCUGCUUAUGGAGGAGACUUCCCGCGUGCGCCGACUUUACGAUCACCUCGAGAAGCCGAGCCUCAACAGUGUUUGCACUAGCUACUUUCUUUUCGCGUGCCACUACGGGUUGGAGGAGCAUGACAGGGCUUGGUAUCAUCUGCGCGACGCUCUGACCGUUACGCUCAUGUUUGGGAUGAACAAGGAGGAAUCAUACCUUACUGUGGACAACGCUACUGCAUCGCGGUGGAGGCGACUUUACUGGUUGCUCUACAUGACAGAAAGGUCUUAUGCCAUACAACGCGGCCGCCCGCUGUCACUGCAGGCCACCAUAAACUUGCCCACAUUGGGAGAUGGGCCGAUGGACCCUUUCGGAACACAACUUAGCAGUUUCUUGCUCCUCAUAACUAUAUUCCGUCAGUUUGACGACCAGUUCACAAAUCUCUGGUGCAAGAGCAGGAACAACUGCUCGUCCAGCUAUAUCAACACACUCCACAAGAAUUUCAACGAGGUGUUGCCGCACUAUCUGAACAACGUCGACCCGCAACUGGCUGAUGCUCGAAACAACCAGUCUUGGCUCAAGCAACUUAUUUGGCAGCUCAGCAUGGCCAAGACUCAGAACGUCAGCGAUACUACAGUUCAAUAUCCCGUUGAUCUGCAGCGAGAGCUCGUGUCAAUGACCGCGGCUUUCUCUACCCAGAACACGGAGCUGAUAAAUGCCGGAUUUAUUGAGAAACUUUGCGAAACCGCUUCUUCUUUGGUUGAUGUAUUGACAGUCCAGCCUGCAACCCAAAACCCCUUCAGUCCGUUCAACCCUCGCGAGACUUUGCAGCAGAUUUUCAACCUCGUUGGAGUCAUACGAAAAGACGAGUCUCGAUUUUUGCCGCUGCUUCUUUGCAAGAUGCACGAGGUGAUACCUCGCCUCCCCAGCCCGAUGCUUCAGCAUAUGCCUGAGAACAUGUGUAGCGUCGACAUCUUUGAUGGAUUUGGUAACGCAGGGAUGGGCCAGCCAAGCACGAUGCAAAUGGAUGAUUUCGAUUACAGAUUCCCAGAGCCUUCGAUCAAGACAGAGCCUGGCACUUCCUCGGGCGCAAGCGUUCCGUCAGUCACCGAUAUGAAUUCCCCAUUCAGCAGUUCUCCCCCUGUGAUUUCUCCUCCGGUCGAGUACUCGCAGGGGAUGGCCCAGGAAUUCAAUCCUAUAUCGGACAUGAUGAGCCCUGUUGGUCCUGGGCCACAGUUGAACGGACCUGGAGGCAUGGGAGCUCACCAGACACAGCAUCGCAUGCAGCAGCCACCAUCGCAGCAGCAGCAUCAUCAAUUUACACCGACUUCGGCUCACAAUCAUCCGCCUAAACCGACUAUUCAAGCAAUGGGUCAUAACAUGUCUCCCCAUCAUCAAAAUAGCCUGCAUGGUGGAAUCAAUCAGCCAUCCAACAUACCGGGCCAGCACCCAUUACCGCAACAGCCCCUUGGCAGUGCCGCCGUUAGAGGGCAGCAGUCGUUCAGUCCUGCAGGAGCAAUGAAUCAUUCGAUCAUGCCGGGUGGACCUGCAAUGUUAAUGCGGCCACAGCCACCCCAACGAUCAAAUAGCUUCGCAAUUCCUCCCCCAUCGAACAACACACAACUGAGGACUGUUGGGGACUUCCAAACGUUGCAGAGGACGAACUCUGACAUGAACGUAUUGACCAACUCGAUGGGUGUAUCUAUGGGAGCUGGUGGCGGAGGCAUGAUGGCCGCGGAGAUUGAUUUUAAUACGCUUUCGAGGUAGUACAACGCUGUCGAGGUAGUACAGGUUGUUGUGGAGACUAGCUGAACCUUGGUGACUCUCAACAUGGUUCUCUGGUAAAAGUCUCGAAACUUUACACCUCGCCUAAAAUUCUGAUUCUUGGUCCCCUGCGAACUCCUCCCCCACUCGUUCGGGCUCUCAUACACGAUACCAUUUCCCCAAAACAAGCGUUAUGUUUACUGGUUUUCUCCAAUUGUGUUUGUUCUCUAUUUCUUCUUUUUUUCCUUUGUCAGGUUGGUCAUAUGGGUGGGUGAAUUCCAGUUUGGGCGUACAAGGGUAUACGGUCUUGCGUCUCCUGCUCCGAGGCAGGUGGCUUUUAAAAGGAUGCAUGUGAGGGUUACUUUCAAGUAUUUCAACCUGCCCUGUAUAGUGGAACUUCAGGUUUUUGUCUUUCUUUUGUGCGAACAUAACUAUAUCUGUUCCUGGCUGUGGUGUCACAGUCUUGACAUAUUACAUCUGGAUGGUGGAGAGGACUCUUUGAGGAGAUUUCACGGAGAUGGCGGAGAUAUUUCUUUUGUUGAUUGCGAGGAGGAGAUAUAUGGUUGGGUUCUAGGUUGAAGUGAAGGUUGGUUGAAGUGAGGUCCAUGGAAGGAUUCAAGAGUAUCUCCAAGGAAGGAGGGUAAUUUUGGACAUGGAAGAGACGGUAUAUAACACUCGGGUGGUUGAUAUACAUCGAUUACACUUGGCAGCGCCAUGGACAAGGUGAUUGAUGGAUGUAGAAAAAUUAGGUUCAAAUCAAUCAAUCGCCCAGUAUAUGAAAUUUUGCACA